AUGGCUCGUUAUUUUCCUUUCGGGCGGAAAAAGCCGAUUGAUACGGAGAAAGCAAAGGAGAAUCUCAUGAAGCGAUAUGAUGGUAAACACCAUCGAUCGUCUGGAAUGCGGUUCAAACGGCCUUCUGCCAACUUGGAAACAAUCGAAAAUCGCUUGCUGGAGCUGGAGGAUGCUCACCAUGGACACGGCAAGAAAACAUAUCUGAACCCUAAUGGAGUCAAAGACCACGCAAAAUAUACCGACAUGGAUACAUACUACAGCACAAACAAAGGGUAUGCACGUCGACUUGUCGUGCAGGCGACUCCAGAUGUCUAUGAAGAGCCCGAUUAUCUCCCUCGUCACUGGGGGCGACGCCACAUUCGUGGGAGAGUCCCAUUCAUCAUCACCCUGGCCGAACUUUGUUUGAACCCGCUUGGUCUUCGCCGCUUUGACGGUGUUCGAGUCAAACAAUACGAGGAGGAGGAGGAUGACAUGCCUCGCAGGCAGGGAAACUGGAUAUUGAAAACCAUCAUACAAACCCUGUGUUGGAUCCCGUUGAUGCUGCGCACCGUGGUAAUAUCAGCCCUGCACUGGAUCAUAUCGAUCCUGCUCACCUUGACACUAUCUUGGAUUAUUCCAGUUGUGCUCUCUGUCGAGAUUUGUACCUCCCCGUGGAGUGAGAAUGACACAACUGAGCCCUACAAAAAGUAUCAGAAUGUUCACUGGCACUGGCCCAAACACGCAAUGAACCUACUGGAUCAAUAUCCCAAAAAUGAUCAACGGCAGUCAAAGAUUGGCGGUCUUACGAUUCCUACCCGCUUGGUGGUCAAAGACAGAACUACCAACCAGUGGGCUCCCCGGAAGACUGAUGAUCUUCGUGAUGAAAAGACGGGCAUGCUGCAACCCUAUAUUUUCCUGAGUUUUUCGCGGGCCAAUUAUCUUGGCAAAUCAAAGGAAGAAUUACGGAAGAUGUUGUAUCAAGUGGCUGAGCGCAUGCUCCGGCACGAGAACGAGAGCCUUCAAAAAGACCCGCAAGACCCUCCGCUAGAAGCAUUUUGGGUGGACGUCGAUUGUGUUUCGAGCGAUGAGAGUAUACCAGACGGUGAGGUCGAAUCAGAACGCACCAGAGAUAUCAACACGAUUUGCGAUGCAGUCCGCUGUGCGAAGCGAGUAUAUGUAGUCCUGCCCACUGAAAGUGCGAAGGACAAAGGAAUAUGGGGAGAACGGAUAUGGACAUUUCCGGAAGUCCUCCUCGCUGCCAACAGAAUCCGAUACUGUUUCACCCAUUCGACCUCUAUGUCUUUGUCCACGCCGCAUGCACUCACGUUGAAUGACAUGAAAAUUAGCUUCUGGCGGCCCGAGUCAAACUCGAAUAAAAUCGAAGAAGACGCCAUUGGCCUCCUCAUCAAUCAUUAUACCAACAGUCUUCAGCUGAGCGAGCUGCAGUUGUUCACUUUUGCUGUCCAAGCCAUGGCGAAGCAGACAACUAGCGUCGACACCAAGGGGUACACGACCAGGGAUAUGGCCUACGCUGCGAUGGGACUUUUGUCAUAUCGACUUACCCCCAAUGAUUCCGAUACCGUCUUUCAAGCCAUUGCUCGACUAUCCAUCGUGAACGAUAGCAAUCAACUGCUUGAGCGUCUCCUCUGUCUGUGGCCGUCCCCGAAAAGUCUCACAGUGGAUGCAUUGCCUGCAUUGGCUCCAGCUGGCAGUGAGACGAUUCUUCGCAAUAUCGCAGAUCAAGAUCAAUACGGUACUCACCUUUGGGAUAUCAAACCGCUCUGUGAUGUGGUUGGUGUUGGCAACGAUUUACACGAGCCCACGGUCAUCGUGGAUCGCUGCCGGGGCAUCCCCAUCCGAUGGAAGAACUUCCCGAGAUUGAAUUAUGCAAAGGACCUGACGGGAAUGCGUGCUUCUAUCUCACAGAAAAUCAUGUAUUUUGCUAUCAUUUACGCAGCGACUGGCUUUUCUCUCUUCUCGUCCGCUAUUGCGCUUCUAGUUUCAACUAUUCAGUUCCAAUCAGAGCUAAAGCAACCGACAAUUGAUUUGAUGCAAAUUAUUAGGCAAACAAUUGUGCCUAAUUACCUAGUGACUGUUGGUUUGUACUUCGGAGUCGCCUGGAUCAUCUCCUGGUUCAGUCCUUGGGCGGUACGGAAGCUCUGCAACGAUAGCGGAUGCUCCAACCAUCUUGUCGGAUUCGAAGGCACGAUGCCAUUACAUGACCUUGAAAAAACCAUCUAUGGUAAUUUCAAUAACCGCCUGUCGUAUACAGCCUCAUCGACCGUCUUCUCUGGGAAACUACGGCGCGAUGAUAUCCGAAUGAGCGAGGAACCCGAUGAUAAGAACUAUUGGAAGAAUAGGUUCCAAGAACUGGGGCUCCCUAAAACGCACCGCAUCUUCACUAUCGUGGACACGGGUGAUAUGACUGUGUCUGUGAUUUCCGCCGAGCGACCACCUGUCGUGGCCUUGAUCUCCGGGCGGGAAGGUGGCAUGCUCCGGGUAUUGCUGUGCAGCUGGCGCUUUGAGAAUAACUGUUUGUAUCGUGAGGGCGUUGUUCGCAUGCGCAGCUCGCUUGAAGAGCAGGCUACUCGUAACGACUGGUUGAAGAUCAGCUUGGCGAGUCAGGGCGAUGCCAACCGUACCCGGUUGGUCCACCUCAAAAAGAAGCAGUCUUCUGCCUCUUCUUCUUCUUGA